AUGCUUGAUCAGACAAGGAAGUCUGUUCCGCCGCUCAAUGAAGUCGAACCGAUCAGUGACAACGAAGACGAGGGUUGCGAAGCAGAGAGUACAUUUGAGGGUGACACAGAUGAAUCUGAUAAUGAGGCAGAAGAAGAGUUAUCUGCCACGCACUCCGUAGCUCAAACUAGGCAGAUACAGCGGAAGCGGCGUCGAAGUAAGACCUCUGAGGCUCUAGAUGAUGCUGAUAAUGGUCUCCCACUUCCGGUGAUGCCAAUUGAGGAGAAGACGCAGGCUAGGCCAGGAAGGGUUCGGAAGAAACCUAAGCUACCGGAGGGAUUUGAGAUUGAUAAGCUGUAA